ACUGAGUUGGUAAAAUUUCAGAAUGAGAUCUCAUAACCAUAAUAUAAGACUACCUUUUCCAUUCUUUUGUCUAAUUAAGCUCUUCCAUUUUUGUGGCUCUCAGACUUUUAUUUUGUUACAGAUCAAGUCUCAUUUUCACAUCCAAAGCAUUUGGCUUUCUCAAGGAGGGUAACCGUGAGGGGUUGAGAGCGGCACAUCAAAGUUCUAAGGAAAAAUCCUAAAUUUUGAGACAUGGAUUCGCAGAAUGCCUCUGACAACCGUGUUUCAUUCAUUGACUGGAACGAGGACGGCGCUCUAGUUAACAACAUAUCAAACUUUCUAGAGUUCAGCAGUCCCCACACCGGUUUGCAUGAUGCGAAUUCAACACCCAAAUCUUCUAUUUUGGGAUCUUUUCAGUCCCAAAAUGUUGAGGACCCAGUAACUGAGUUGGCUGCUGUUCCUAACCCUCCAGUGGUGGGAUUUGUUGUUGGAACACCAAAUCAGGUCCAAAUUCAAACCACUGAUCCUUCUUCAUCUUACCAGGGAUCGUCGUCAAACUCCUCUGGUCAUCAAAGCUUUGUGGCUUCUGCUUUUGUUCCGGAGAAUCCUAAUCCUUUACCCUUGCCAUUACCAAAUUCUUCAGCCCCACCGCUUAAUCAAACGCAACCAAGCCACCCUUUACCAUCAUCUGCGAUGGGAUUGGCCUGGGAAGGAGGUGUUAAUUCGUCUAUUAUGACCCAAAAGGGUUACUUCAAUCAAUUGUCCAACAUGCAAAACGAGAAUUCGCUUCGUUUUCAAGGAUUGGGUGUUUCUGAUGAGUACCCCACAACCGGAAACAAUCCACCGCUGGUGCCAAAUACAAUCCAAAACAAUAAUUUCAGUGGAAACAAUAACCAGACAUCUCCAUAUCAAGCAUUGUUCCACCCAAACUCCGCACAGGCAAGGCCAGGGAUUGAAAGUGGAAAUUCAAGAAGCCAAAUGCUUAUCGGUUCUGCGCGGAAUUCUAGGCCAGAACAGGAUCAAUUGUCUGCUCCUAAUGUCCAUGGUUCACAAUAUGCCCCCAACUAUACGCAGUCGGCUCAGUCGUUCACUACUCUGCAGAAUCAAGUAGGUCAUGCGUCUGGAACGCAGGAUAAUUUUGAUUUACAAUCUCAAAAUUCUAAGCAGCCUGUCAACCCAAUUUACCCAAGGUCUGAACUGUACUCAAGUUCAAGUGAUCUUCAGUCUGGUUUUGGAACAAUGCCAUCAAAUUCUUAUCAACAAGGUUAUAGUCCCGUGGUGCCAGGGUCUGCAGCACCAUCACCAUCGUCUGCGUCUUCCCUUACUCCUACACAUUCCCAGUUAUUCGAAAAGCAGGACCAUCAGCACAAUGAAAGGGACAGUGAAUCCUCUAAGUGGUAUCGGGGUGUGCAAGAUCGGAUAAACGAAUACAAUCGAAUGAUAAGCAAUCCUAGCUUGCAACGACCUAGUAGCACAUUGCAUGAACAUAGAGUUCAGUCUUCCAGCUUCAGUAAUUCGCUGUCACUCAGCUCAGCAAGGAUUCUGGGCCUUUCAAGUACUAGGGCAUCUGAAGGAACAAGUCCACAAGUUCCUAUCAAGGAGGUUGAGAAUGAACGCCUUUUAAGGGCCCCACCUUCUGAAGCAAUGCAGAGAAUACUGGAAAUGAAUCCCUCAAGAAUAAUUAAUCGCAAUGGUAUCGCUGCUCAGCUAAAACAACGCGGGAGCUUGCAAAAUGGAAGGGGUUCUCGAAAUCAUGAUUUUAGGAAGCAACUAUUGACAUUGAAAGAGGGUUAUCAGCCGCCACGUCGUGGUCGUCCCCCAAAACGACGUGAUGUAGGAGAGUCGUCUUCUUCUCAACGUGGAAAGAAGGUUUCUACAGGAGCAGGAAAAGCUGAUCAAAGAAACCCUAUACCCCAAGAACCACCAAAGACUAAUCCUGAAAUUGCAGUGAAUAGAGAUCUGCAGAUCCAGAAUGACGACAUACCCAUAAACCCUGACGCCGAGCUUAGUGAACAUGAGAACCUUGUCUAUAACAUCAAAUAUGAGAAGCGUGGUUACCCCAUUGACCCCCAUAUUAGAUUAUUCAAAGCAUCACAAGGGAAAUAUUGUGCCUAGCCUGCACAAAAAGGAAGUGUCAAGUGCAUGGGAUCCUCUAGAGCAGUUAAAUCGGAUGAUUUCAAUUAGUAUACUUAAAAACUAGUUAAUUUCAGACAAUUCUAAAAUAUAGAGUAGAAACAAGGACCAUAGCAUUUCGUGAUAUUAUUUGCACAAAUGAAAUUCGAUAUAACUAGGGAAAAUAAGGCUGUGAUAAAUUUUAGUGUGCAAAUGAUAUUAUCUGUGCCUUGCAUUUUAUGUUGUUUUCGUGUCUACCAGUUUUACAACGCAGUGCUGGAUAGAUUUAUAAUUAGCUUGUGUUAAUGUUUUGAGUGAUGAUGCUUGAACAUCCAAAACUUUAUAA